CUACCAGUUUCCAGCUGAUAUUGGACGAAACAGCAGAUAUUUCCUCAGAAAGGUUACCUACCGACUGCUCCACAGUUGCUGAAACUAUAGUUGCUAAAUUACAAACUAAUCUAUAGGAACUGCAGAAAAUCUGGUGUCAAAAGGAAAUCUUCAACUAUAUUCAGAGAGAACUGUCUGAGCACGAUGCCCCUGGAACAUAAGGACAGAGAGACAAGUAAGCCAACGGAAGAUGAGAGUGGGGAUUCCCCUGGGGUCAGCAAUGCCUCGGAUCAGGAACCCGCUCUAGACUCCUCGGGGGAAGGGGAAGCCUUUAGAAAGAGACAGCGAGUCAACAGUCCGCGGAAGAAUGAGCCAAUGGCCUCUCCACACAAACACGCUACCUUUGAAGAGUUGCUUAAAACAGCGGGGCUGGUUUCCAACAUGUCACUGGCUCAUGAAAUUGUGGUGGAUGGGAACUUCAAGCUGAAGGCCAGGGAAUUGCCAGACAACUCCAUUGAAAAACAGGUCCGUGACAUCAUGCACAAGGCAUUUUGGGACAGCCUGAAAGAUCAACUAGAGGGUGACCCUCCGAGCUACCACCACGCAGUUACGUUGCUAGGGGAAAUCAAGGAGAUCCUGAUCUCCAUACUUCUGCCCCAACACGACCGCCUCCGUACCCAGAUAGAUGAGGUCAUUGACCUGCCCCUCAUCCACCAGCAGGCAGAUUAUGGCGCCUUAGAUGUCUAUCACUAUGGUGACUUCAUCAUCAGUACCAUGGGGAUGCUGUGUGCUCCUGCCCGAGAUGAGGAGAUUGCCAAACUGAAGGAUAUGGUCGAUGUUGUGGAGCUCUUCAGAGAAAUCUUUCGCGUCCUGGAUCUGAUGAAACUAGACAUGGCCAACUACACCCUGCAGAGCCUGCGACCCCACAUCAAGCAGCAGUCCGUAGAUUACGAGAGGGGCAAGUUCCAGGAGUUCCUCAAGACACAGCAAGAUGGACUAGAGCUGACCAGGAAGUGGUUGGAAGAGGCUGCGGACGACCUACGGUCGCAUGAAUCCCAGCAGCCCGCAGAGGGUGCCGCAUCCUCACCACCCACACUCACACCAGUGGCCAUCCUGAACCAUGGCUACAUGAAGCUGCUCGACUGGCCAGAUGUGCAGUUAUACCCAGAGACAAUUGUCAUGGACCAAGGCAGGCUUCAGGAGAUGGCAGACAAGCUGCAGAAGGCAGUCCUGAUUGCCACCGUCCUGCUAGUGACCUACACCAAUGUGGGGCCCAUCAUCACAAGCAUACAGGGCUUCCCAAGCAACCUCAAACACCACAUUGCUACCAUCCUGGAGGGAGUCAAAGAUCACAGUUCCAUAAUGCCCAACGUAGCAGACCAGGUCUGCACUGAUGUCAAUGGGUGCCUGAAAGAACGAGGUGUGGCAGAGAUGGAUGCCAUGAAGAUGGACGCCUUGAAAAGUCAGGUCACAGCAGCAGGAGACAGGCAGCACAGUGUCCACAAAUUGUUAGAUUCCAGAGCCAGGUCUUUCAUCAAAAUGCUCAUCAGUGGUCCCAUUAACUUUGACCCUGCGACUCGCAUACCUCCAGGACUUGCCACUGUCCAGCCACAGCUGCUUGAGGUCGCGGGUCAGUUUGUGAGGGUCAUAGGUCACAAUCGGACUGUGUACGGACCUUUCUACUCUGAAAUCCUCGGGAAGAUCUUAAAUAUCACAUAACUGGAGUAGGUUGAGGGGACUUUGUCUACUAUUUUUUUUCCUUUGAGAAAUAUUUAUUGUUACACAAAGACUUGCCUACACCAACCACAGAUGCACUUUUGAAUUUUUGAAUUUAAUUUUCAGUCGUAGAAUUACUUUGGAAUAAUGUGAAAUGAGUUUUAUAUUUGGAAAAAAAGUUGUUGGAGCUGCACCUCAUACGCGGUAAUUAAAUCCUUAAAAAUGUGUAUGAAUGGAAAAUUUUGAGAGCUCUGCUGUUGAAAGAUUGCAGCAAUAGAUCAAAUUUGAUAUCUUCCAGUGAUAUUGGAUCUGCCAUAGAAAUUUCACGUAGAGUAACUUUAAUAUGGAUGCUUGCCAAUUCGUAUGCGACAGGGUAAAAUUGCUUGUUCCAUGCGAGGAGUUAUCAACAAGGUGUCACAAAAACGAAAAUUAAUUUCUCUGAAUUCAGUUCCAUAUAGAGUAGGGAAGUGAAUACGUCACGUGCACAGUUUUGUGUGUAAAAGGCAUAAGUGCGAGAACCAGCGCCUGAACCAACACGCGCGCGUACUCCAUUCAUUGGCACUACACUUCCUAGUUCAAAAUGACAUCACACUUCAGUACUCUAUAUACUUUGAGGAUUCCUAUUAAGUAAUAUAUACAUGUAUAUAUGUGUGUGUGAACUUGGAUUAUGUUGAGUGACAUUUGAAAUUUCACACUUUUGUUUGUGCUGUGUAUGACAAUGUUCUGCAGUGGAAAGAAUUUGUGUUACAUAACUGUCAAUUUACCCAGACGUAUAUACCUGUAAACAUGUUGUUCACUGCAUGGUACAGACAUGUCUAUUUUGCCAGCUCAACCCAUGCGGUGCUGUGUGCCUACAGUUUGUUUUCUGAAAUGUGUUUAAAUGCAGAAGGCAUUGCCCGGUUUCAUUUGGAUUUCAAGUCAAACUGCAGAUGAGAAUAAUUGUUAUCAAGCUAGGUGUAACAUGCACAUGUGUUUCCUUUUCUGAAGGUGAGGUUUUAAUUCUUGUGGUUGAUUAUCAUUUCAUUAUUUUCCACAUAUUGAGACAUUUCCAAGGUCUAUUUUGUGUUUACACGAUUUCAUGCACAGUGUCUAUGUAUUUGAUUGUGUUUUUCAUAAAGCAACUGAAAUUACGACACAACUUUGAAGCUCAGUUAGCAACUCUUUUACUCAAUAACUUGUUUGGUACUACAGUAUUGUAAAAUAGUGAGAAUUUAAAAGUGAAUUUUUGGGUAUGGUUUGAGGCUUCAUCGCUGUAUAUCUUUUUAUAUAGCUAUAUGGAUAUAUUUUAUCACCUUGAGUCAAGUAUGUUUAAGUUGAUUUGGCAAUAAUUUCUCUGAAGAUAGGAUUCUUGGUUUUAUUCUAAGCUUUAUAUAAAAUAUAAAAUAAGUAGUUUGUAAAAAGAUGAAGUAGACCAGUGCCAACUUUAAAUGAAGGAACCAAACAAACGGCCCUACUACCAGGCCCUUAUCGGGGCUCAAAAUGCCAGCCUGAAUGCACUUGUCCUGGUUCUACUGUAAAGUUGAUUGGAUUGAAGGUGUAAAACAGUGAUUGGUGUAUUUCUGUGACUUCAUGGGGUCAUCCAUUUCUUCGAACAUCAUUUUCACAAUGUGAAAAAUAUACUCUAGGUUAAUGGAGUAAACGGCCUGUUUGAUGACCGACAAUCAUUGUUUUCUCAUGUACCGUUUUAGGGGUCACAGAGACAAGGGUAUGCUUUUGUCCAUUCAUGAAAAAAUAAUUGCUCAAGAAAUAAAUGCCUUUCGGGGGUUUCUGCAGAAUAAUCGCACUGGUGAGUGGCACAAGCAGGAACUGAUCGAGGGGGAUUGGAUGACAUCUUUUUUUGAUAAUUGAAGGGAGUACUACCCUCUUUUUUGGUGGGGGGGGGGAACAGGAGGUUCACUUCUUGCUGUGCCAAAGUGGGAUAAUGUGUGUCCUUAUCCCUAACCCCAGGGUGUAUGUAAAAUCAAAUUGGAGGAUUGAGGACUGUUUUGGUAACAAGGUUUAUUUCAUUGAAAUGGUUAUAUAGUAGAUGUAAACAAUUCCAUUGUGCUAUAUAAUAUAAUUUACAUGUAGGACACUCUAGAAUUUACCUCAAUUGUGGUAGUGACACUUUUAUUUGUAAAUAGGAAUCUGCCGAUUUGUGGAAAUUAAAGAUAAAUAAUCUGAUUUGUUUGA